AUGUAUUCAUGCAUUUAUUUAUUUCUCUUUGCAGUUGUACAGAUGGUUGGCAAGGACCACUUUGUGAUCAAUGCAGUCUUUAUCCAGGCUGUAUGCACGGCACCUGUAGAGAACCUUGGGAAUGUAACUGUGCUAGGAAUUGGGGGGGACUUCUCUGUAAUAAAGUUGAUCGUGACUGUGAAACUAAUCCAUGUGAAAAUGGUGGCACAUGUGUAAUUGCAGCAAAUGGAGUGUCUUGUAUUUGUGCUCCUGGCUGGACUGGAUCUUUGUGUGAAACUGAUAUUGACGAGUGUGCAUCAAACCCAUGCAUGAAUAAUGGCUGGUGUGAAGAUCAAGUUAAUGGAUACAAAUGCCAUUGUCGUCCUGGCUGGCAAGGGGCUCAGUGCCAGCUAGAUGUCGAUGAAUGCAAAGACAGCACCUGUGUGAAUGCAAUCUACUGUCGGAAUCUUCAAGGUAGCUAUGAAUGUCAGUGCCAGGCAGGUUGGACUGGGAAAAACUGUGAUAUGAACAUCAUUGAUUGUGUUGGUCAGUGUCACAAUGGUGCUACAUGCGUUAACCUUGUGAAUGAUUACCGUUGUCAGUGCAGACCAGGCUUUACAGGGCGGCACUGUGAUGCAGCGAUAAAUGGGUGCCAUAGCCUACCUUGUCUAAAUGGAGGUGUAUGUCACGACCUUAACGAUGGCUUCAGGUGUGAGUGUCCCUCAGGCUAUGUUGGUUUGCAGUGUCAGAUUGCUAUCAAUUUGUGCCAACAAAACCCUUGCAGAUCUGGUUCUACAUGUUAUGAUAUGCGAGGAGAUUUCUACUGCCAUUGUCAGCCUGGUUUUGAAGGAAAAACUUGUGAAAAAAAGAAGAAAAUUUGUCCAAAUGGUUCUUGUGAAGUUAUUGACCAAUGUACCAUAACUGUUCCGUCCAACCGAACUAGUGGGGAGGUGCGUUCAAUAUCAUCCAACAUCUGUGGUAAACAUGGAAUUUGUCGAAGCCAGGCUGGAAGUCGUUUUGUAUGUGAAUGCCAGUCAGGCUACCAGGGAACAUAUUGUCAUGAAAACAUAAAUGACUGCUUGCAAAAUCCAUGUCGUAACCAUGGGACUUGCAUUGAUGGAGUACAAUCUUACCGGUGUGUUUGUGCACCGGGAUGGGAAGGUAGUAGCUGUAGCCGCAACACCAAUGAUUGUAGUCCAAAUCCUUGCCAAAAUCAUGGCAUCUGCACUGACAGAAUAAACGGUUUCUGCUGUGUGUCCCAAAGGAUGGAAAGGGAAAACAUGCAAUUCAAAAGUGAGUCUGUGAUUGUUACAUGUUCCAACGGAGGAACUUGUCAGGAUCGUGGCGCAUCAUUUCAAUGUCUCUGUCCAGAUGGAUUCUAUGGCGAUACCUGUCAAAUAGCUUCUUGGCACAGCUGUGAUUCAAACCCUUGUCAGAAUGGAGGAACCUGUGUCAAUUCUGGCGACAGCUUCACUUGUUUUUGUAAGGAGGGAUUUGAAGGCAAUGUCUGUGAGCAGAACAUUAAUGAUUGCUACCCGUUUCCUUGUUACAAUGGUGCUCAGUGUAUUGAUGGUGUAAAUUGGUACUUGUGUGACUGUAGCAAAGGCUUUGCUGGACCAGACUGCAGAAUAAAUAUACAAGAAUGUACUUCGAAUCCAUCUGCUUUUGGCAGUACUUGCAUUGAUGAAAUUGGUAGCUAUAAAUGUAUUUGUCCUCCCGGAAGAACUGGAAAUCAAUGUGAAAAUGUUAUUGGACAUUUGCCUUCUCCUAAUUCCUGUAUUUUCAAACAACAUGCCUACUCUGACAAAAGCUCAUGGAAACAUGAGUGCAAUUCUUGUCAUUGCAACAACGGUCGCGUUCAUUGUACAAAGGUUUGGUGCGGACCCAAAAACUGCUUGAGCCAUCCAAAUGUUUCUGAGCCAGUCGAUAUAUGUGCACAUGAUGAAACGUGUGUUGUAAAAACAACACAGACAUGCUUUACACCACCCUGCUUGCCUUGGGGUCACUGUAAACAUAUAUCAAAGAUUGAAGAUUCUGCUCCCAGAGAUAUACAAACCAACUGUAUACCAAAUGAAGCAAAAAUCAGUAAUAACUGUGCAAAAAUCAACCUUCUCUUUGACAAAUCUCGGAUGCCAAAAGGUGUAUCUGUUGGCAAUAUCUGCAGUUCUCUUCGAGCCUUCCCCAAAGUGCAAGCUUAUGCCAAGAAAGAAACGAUUAUUAUUCUAUGUGCUAUCCAACUUCGAAGAGCUGACUCCAUUGAAAUUACACUGUCACUGGAUAUGAAGCACAAUGAUAAUUCAGGAACCCUGAUUUCUACCUUAAAAGAUCUUGUUGAAGAAACGGCUAAUGCUGUCAGUCAAAAACUUGUCAAUAGCAGUGCCUUAAAAGCUGUCAUCGAUGUCCAGUAUUUGCGUGGCAUUCUUCUUCGCUUCGUCUUCGUUUUUAAAAUGAACGACCACUGUUGCGUAUUUUCUACCUCUAUUAUAGAAGGUAGGUUCUCCUUCAACUCCAUUCAGACAGCGCUCAAUUUCCUCUAUCGGUGCCACUUCUACUUUCUUUGAAGCCACGUUCCACGUUCUGUAUGUUAUAAUAUGUUUCUCUGCGUCUUUCGCUUCUUCUUCAGGUGGUGUGAUCCUCACACAGUCACCUUCUCUCUUCAAGCUGUCGAAAUAAUUCUUCAAAAUCUCCUUCUCGACUGUAACUUCUUCCAACUGUAGUUC